CCAAACACAAGACAAGACAAGACAUCUUAUCACGUCAUCCAACAAGACCACAAUACUACCACAUCUUACUCACUUACCUAUACUCUCAUCAUGUUUGGCAACGACAAUGACGAUGACCGCCGUGAGCGCCGUGACGACAGGCCCGACUUCUACAACCACGAAGGAGGCGACCGCGGCCACGAGAAGAAGGACGAUGACCACGAGAUUCUCGGCACCCUAGGCGGAGCCAUCGCAGGCGGCCUCGGCGGCCACGCCCUGGGCAACAAGGCCGGCGGCCACGGCAUCGCGGGCGGCAUCCUGGGGGCGGUGGCGGGCGCCUUUGCGGGCCACGAGGCCGAGGAGAAGAUCGAGGACUGGAAGGACGACCGGGACGAGAAGAAGCACGCCGAGGAGAGGCGCGAGCAAGACGAGCGCCGCCGGGAGGAAGAUCUCGACCGCCGUGAGCGGGAUGAGAACCGGCGCGAGGAGGAUGA